GUAAAAAAUAUUUAAUGUUUUUGUAUGUACGAGCAUUUUAUCAGCACACCACAUGUGUGCUUGCCAGAAGAGGGUGUCAAAGCCACUGGAACUGGAAUUACAGGUGGUUGUAAGUCAUCAUGUGAGUGCUGGGAAUUGAAGCCCUGAAUCGUCUCUCCAAGCCACAAGUAAACCUUUUUUUUAUGAUGAUAGAAAGUGAUCCGGCCGCAGUAGGCAUCUGCAGCUGCUCUCCCAGCCCCCCACAUAGUAGGGCAGCACAGCUCCUCAGAGCCCCAAGAGGAUCCACGUUACGGUACUGGCGAAUGAAAUCUGUUCCGCGCCAGGGCGAGAAACAUCGCGAGUACGGGCGGAAGCCAACGCGGCUUAGCUGUCCAAGAUACUGCGACAGCGGAUGCCAGCCCUGGCGGAAGCGGGUACGGCAACACCCGAGGCGCAUGCGUGUGAUUUAGACUUCUCGCGAGACGCUAGGCGGGAAAGCAUAAGGUGAUUUCCUCUGUGGGAUCUCUGAGGAGUACCCCGGCGUACCACUGCCAUGGACCCAUUCCUGGUGCUGCUGCACUCGCUGUCCAGCAGCCUGUCGGGCAACGAUCUGACGGAUCUCAAGUUCCUGUGCCGCGAGCGCGUGAGUAAACGAAAGCUGGAGCGCGUGCAGAGUGGCCUGGACCUGUUCUCGGUGCUGCUGGAGCAGAACGAUCUGGAGCGCGGGCACACCGGGCUGCUGCGCGAGUUGCUGGCCUCGCUGGGCAGACACGACCUACUGCAGCGCCUGGACGACUUCGAGGCGGGGGCGACGACUGCUGCAACCCCGGGGGAGAUCUGCGGGUGGCAUUUGACAUUGUGUGUGACAAUGUGGGGAGAGACUGGAAAAGACUGGCCCGUGAGCUGAAGGUGUCUGAGGCCAAGAUUGAUGGCAUUGAGGAGAGGUACCCCCGAAGCCUGAGUGAUCGGGUAAGGGAGACUCUGCGAGUCUGGAAGAAUGUCGAGAAGGAGAACGCCUCGGUGGCUGGACUGGUCAAGGCACUGCGGGCCUGCCGGCUGAACCUGGUGGCUGACCUGGUGGAAGAAGCAUUGAUGGCCCAGGGAUCUGUGAGCAAGAGUGAUGAUACAUCCUCAGCGCUGAGGGAUUCAACUGUGUCUUUCUCAGAAACACCCUGACAAGCCCGAGGCUCCUCUCAGGAGUCACUGUGGACUUGAUCACACCAUGAUGUAGCACCAAGUGCCUAUCGUGACCAGUGGCAAGAAGACCUUGCUGAUUCAGGCUGGGACCCCUCAUACCAGCUCCUGGAGUAUAGCUGAUUCUAUGGAGCCUCUGCCCUCUGGGCUUUGGGGACACAUGAAGGUUCCCCUUCGUGUUCUCCAUCACCUCUUCCCCCCCCCACCCCCAAGAGAUCCCUGGUCUUACAAGGAGGAAGUUGAGUUGGAGCUAAUGGCACCUGUGCUGACUGCACUUUGAGAGCCUUCGUGUUGUUCCUUGGAGGAAGACACCAACUCAGUUCACAUCUGUCUCAUAUCCUUGGAGGCCAUCAGAGAGCAGCUCCUGACCUCCAAACAAGUGCAAGAGCCCUAUGAGGACUGAUUGUAAAGUUCGCCACUAAAAUCGCUGCUCUGUGAAGGACUGUGCUGUGGAGGGAGCACCCUGCCUCCACGGUGGUCUGUAAGCAAAGUGCCUUGGGCUGGCUAUAGUGGCUCACUCUGCAAUCCUAGCACUUGAGAGUUGAGAACUGCUGUGCUUUAUAGCAGCCUGAGCUACAAAUGAUUCCUUUAAACAAAAACACACGAAAGCAAGUGCCUUUACCUGGAGAUAACCAGUGUCACCAAGAAUUUCCAUUAUAUUAAGGACCCUUCUAAUCUCAGAAGUCCCAGUAGACUGACUACAGUGUGCUCACAGCCCUGGGUGCUAGUCAUGAAUGAGGUGGUGUGAUUUCCUGAUUUGCUUCACACCAGCAGGGGCCCUGACUGCCACACUGGGCGGCCAAAUAAACCAUUUCUUGUCUCAGUUUUCCAACCUUUGGCUGGGUGUGGUUAUGCAUACCUUUGAUCCUAGCCUUGUAGGAAAGUGGAAGCAGGUGGAUCUCUGAUCUAUGAGUUUGAGGACAGCUUAGCCUACACAGAGAACUACAGGCCAGCUGACACUAAACAGAAAGACCAUGUCUCAAAUAAAAGUUGAUGCCUGGAGAAGAGGAUCCUAGUUACAGGGUUCUCCUGACAGAGGGAACAGCUACACCUCACUCUCGUAACCUAGUCUUGGCUUCACAAGUGACCAGCCUGGGGACUGUGCUCAAACACUGAUCAGUCAUUUCCCGCACUCCUUUCCUCCUCCACCCCACUGCUCCACCGGACAGCUGACCCCUCAGCACGCUUGGACUCUCAACUCCUUUCCCGGUUGUUGGUGGCUUCUCUCCUGCAUUCCUUGGGUUGCAGCCUCAAACCUACCAUGUUUUUCAGCCCAGCAUCUGUCCAUCUGGCUGGUCUGCUCACAUUCUUUACCAUCAAGGCCUCCUGACCACUCUGGGGACUCAUUGUGUUUUCUCUGGCCCCAUUUCUCACCUGACCACACUGCUCUUGGCUCCCCCAGAGUAUGCAUAGGCCUGUACAAGGUGUCUGAUGGGUGUUUGCUGUGGUCCUCUACCCCUUACCCAUUUUGAAGGGUUUUGUUUUUAAGACACGGUUUCCUGUGACCCAGAUGUAACCUAGGUUGACCUCAAGCUCACAGUGAACUGAAGCGACCUUAAAUCCUUUUUGAUCAUCCUACCUCUGCUUCUCAAGUGUUGUGACAGUGUGGCAAGUUCACCCAGGCCCAAGUCUUUAGAGCCCUUGCUCUAGGAAGCCUGGGCAACCCUACUGAAACAUGCUGAUGCCUUUUAACUGUCCUGUGGCAAUUCAGGUCAGUGGGAUUACAUGUCACAUUUUUUGUUGUCCAAAAUGGCUUUCCAGAAUUCAGUUCAGCUAUGAGCAAGCCUGUUUGCAUCUGGAUUUAAGAGAAUGUCCCUUCCUUCUGUCAUUUGCUGUAUUCCCCUCUUCAAGUGGCAGGAUUGAAUCUCAGUUACUACUGCAGGGCUUUUGGGCCACCAGAGAAAUGUAUCCCUUUGUACAGAGUCUCUUCAACCAUGUUGGGAUUAAAACAUGGGCAUCAUCAGGGUGAGCACCCCACAGAUCUCCAUCUCCCCAACAUGUGCCCAGUUUUGCCCUGCACACCUCAGCAUGAAUUCCUCCUGCUGCUAAUAAUGGCCACUCAGCGCUCCACACCUCACAGGUGACUCUCCUGGGCACCUCUCCUGCCCUUCACUCCUCAGCUCCCAUCAGGGUCUUGGCUCCUGUCCAUCCUCCACCAAGGGCUGGAACCACAGACCCGCCUGUUCCUAGAAGCCAUCCACCCUGCGUAUUUUUAGCUUCCUAUUUUUGAGUUCCACAAUCAUUUCUGAGUCAUUCAACUGACUGCCUUCUGGUCACAAGGUCCCAGUGUGAGCUGUGUUUCAAAUCAGACAGUGGAACAUGAUGUGAUGGAAUGUGUGAUGUAUCCACCAUGGACCAUGGCCCUCCAGUAGCUGAUGCAAAAGCAGUGCUGGUUUGCUGGAAGAUUCGGGAAAGAAACCCACAGUAUCUUGAGUCAUGUGCUAAGUAGAUGCUUGCCUGAGGGAUAUCUGCCGGUCACGGGACUCAUUGUCACCAAGGCUUUUCUGAGCCAAAGACAAGUGACAGGGCUGGAGCGUUUUGUGACUAGAACAGGACAGCAGGGUAAGCAUGCAUGUGGAGGUCUACAGCUCCCACACUCCCAAAGCCUGAAUGGACUAGAAAGAUGAGGCCUGCUCCCUGUCCAUCAAAAUAAGACAAGCAUACUGUGUCAUGCCUGUGGUCCCAACACUAGAAGCUGAAACUGCAUUUUAAGACCACCCUGGGCUAAACAGAUCUUAUCUCAAACAAAAAAGGCAGGUGAGUCAUGGCGUAAACACUUGUAAUCCAACAUAUGGGAGGAUCCGUUGGAGGCAGCGUCUCUUAGUGAAUCCAAGUCCAGUCUGAGCUACAUGAGACCCUCUCUCAACAACCCGACAACUCACUGCCAAAACAAAAGCCACACUGCAUAUUGAGGUCAGAACAGCAUUCCUGAGGAGUACAGAAGACAGCCCUGUGUUCAGUGGUGGCUGCAGCAGAUCAACACCUCAGGUUCCUGAACUUGGCAGAUGGAGUUACACUGGUCUGUUUUCUGUCUUCCUAGGUAAUUGGUGCACACCUGAUUACAUUGCUAACUUAAGUAUUGCCUUGGCAGACCUCGUUUAUUGUUGGUCACAGGGCCUAGGUUUUAUAUGUGGCAGAGGUCCAUGGUUAAUAAAAGCCUGGGAGGGGUUGAGGAUUUAGCUCAGUGGUAGAGCACUUGCCUAGGAAGCGCAAGGCCCUGGGUUCGGUCCCCAGCUCUGAAAAAAAGAACCAAAAAAUAAAUAAAUAAAUAAAUAAAUAAAUAAAUAAAUAAAUAAAUAAAUAAAAAUAAAA